CUUGCCUUUUAAAACAAAUGUUCUUGUUUAGGUUCAGAUUAGUUGGACCGAACACUAGUCAGUGUGUGAUUGAUGGAACCGGGGUUACAUGGAAUCAUGAAACUCCACUUUGUGAAGCUUUUCCAUGUCAUCCACCUCCAGAAAUCGACAAUGGGAAGUACGCUGGUGACCCUAAUAAUCAGUACAGCUAUGGAUCAACAGUCACUUACAGCUGUAACGCUGCAUCAGAAGGCGCAGACUCUUUCUCGCUUAUUGGAGAGGCAUCUAUUCAUUGUACAUCUAACAAAGUGCAAAAUGGAGUUUGGAGUGGAGAGCCCCCUGAGUGUAAAGUGGUCAAGUGCCAUGAUGUAGAAGUUGAAAAUGGGAGAAAACUAAGUGGAUUUGGGACUUCCUAUACAUAUAAAGACACCAUUACAUUUGGAUGUGAUGCUGACUACAUCUUGGUUGGCAGUGAAGUGAUUAAAUGCCAAGCGAAUAAUUCAUGGACUCCUGCAGUACCAACUUGUGAAAAAGCAAUUUGCAGUGCCCUAGUGUUCCCGCAUGGAAAAGUGCUUCCAUCAAAAUCUAAAUAUGCCAAUGGAGAUUCUGUUACCUUGACCUGCGAUGCAAAUUAUUUCUUGCUGAAUGGUAUAAAAUCGAUGACUGUUCAAUGCAAAAAGAAUACAUGGGAUCCUCCUAUACAAACUUGUCAAAUGGUCAAGUGCCAUUAUGUAGAAGUUGAAAAUGGGAGAAAACUAAAUGGAUUUGGUCCUUCCUAUACAUAUAAAGACGCCAUUACAUUUGGAUGUAAUACUGACUACUUCUUGGUUGGCAGUGAAGUGAUUAUAUGCCAAGCGAAUAAUUCAUGGUCUCCUGCAGUACCAACUUGUGAAAAAUUAACUCCAGGUGUAUGUGGCUCUCCACCGUUCUCAAAUGGACAAAUAUUUCCAUCAAAACCUCAAUAUGCCACCAGAGAUGAUAUUACCUUGACAUGUGAGGCGAAUUAUGUCUUGUUCGAUGGUGCAAAAUCCAUGACUGUUCAGUGCAAAGGAAACAAUGUGUGGGAUCCUCCUGUACAAACUUGUCAACUAAUUCCAGGCGUAUACAGUGCCCCAGCAUUCCCAAAUGGAAAAAUACUUCCAUCAAAACCUCAGUAUGUCACUGGAGAUGGGAUUACCUUGACCUGUCAGGCAAAUUAUGUCUUGCUCCAUGGUGAAACAUCGAUGACUGUUCACUGCAAAGGAAACUAUGUGUGGGACCCUCCUGUACAAACUUGCCUACAUGUUUGUCCCGACCCAGUCAUCCCUCAUGGAACAGUGAAGUCUGGAGCAAAACGUCUCUAUGUUGUUGGAGAUCAUGUUACAAUUGAAUGUUCUACGUUCCACGCAGUGCAUGGUGAACCGAAUAUUCAGUGCACUGAUGAAUUUCAGUGGAAGCCUGCAAUUCCAGAAUGUAAACUACGUGUGUACAUCAUUAUCAUUAUUAUUAUUAUUGUAAUUGUAAUCGGAGCGAUUCUGGCUGUUUGGAUCUAUAAGAAAUGUUUUUCACAGGAAGGCACAUACCAAACCGAUGAAAAUGGCAAAGAAGCAUGCAUUUUACAAGUUAAAGUACCAGAUGAUGAAAAUGAAGCAUCUGCAUUAAAGAAUUAAUUGAAACAUGAAAAGGAAACAUGUGUCCACUUCACCUACUGCUCAGUACACCUUGUGUAAAACCCGAUUGGUGGGGAAGGGGCAGUGGUGAAAGAAGUCUCACAGAUGGACUGCAAUUUGCACUAUUUCUAAUGGAAUAUUUAGCCCCUUUCUCCUAUUUUCACCAGAAUUGAAGAUGAUCACAAAAGGAGAAGAAAAUUAAGAGAAAAGCGACUGUGCCUUGGUAAAGAUGCAGUAGAUGCUUAUAACAAAGCCAGAACGUGUACCAAUGCCGUCCCUUUUAGCUCACUUGUCUGUGUCUGAAAUUAACUUGUAAAAAGUUUCAUGCCCAUAGCCAUCUCCCAGCAGCCUGGAACACUAAACCUGUGCCUUCAGGCCACCUGCUGCCUUUCGCUUGCUUCCAGAAGAGACUAUGCAAUGAGAGAGUGCUUGGUAGGUUCUUAAACAAUAUGGCCACUAAUGUGAUGUAAAUUGUAUGAAAUUAAUUACCUCAGUACCUCUAUUUUAGGAAGCCUGUUGAAAGAUUUGGUGCUUAACUUAUGAAAAGUAAGUUAAGUUUUGCACACUAUUCCCUUUAUAUUUUCGUAUUUCUUUCUUGCAAACUAAACUUCUCUCGUUGGCUGCUGCUUUUGGAUAUACUGUGCAUCUGAAUCAGGUUUCUGUAACCUGCCUGGUAAGGCAACAGUGGGGAGCCUGUGUAGUAAUUCUGUCCCAGUUCAGACUGCAAGUGACCACCUUGAAUGGGGAAUGACCCUCUCAGAAACAUCUGUCCAAUUACAUAUCAUCCAGUAGGAAACCUUCAUUAAUCUGAGAGGUAACAAAGUGCUGGCAAAUUGUAUGUAUUUAUAUUGCAAUAUAAAUACAUACAAAUUUCUUUUCCUUGUUGAAGGGCCAGCCAACCCUUGUCAGCUGAAACAGCUCAAAAAUUGUAUUAGAGAUCUUGGAUAGGGAGUUGGGUUCUUGGUGCAUAUCUGAAAUCAUAUACUUAAAGCUUGGAUUGAACUCAGGAGCCAAUUCUCUGGAGGAAAAAAACAGCAAUUUUCAUAAUAUACAAGUCAAAUCUAUGAGAAACAGAUCAUGACAAUGUGUGGCUAAGCUAAUAAACCUUUUCUCUUACCACAGACCAUGUAGACAGUUCAGUUAGAGGUUCAUUUUCCCACAGAAGGAAGGAAGUGCACUUUAUCUGAAAUAAAAACACUUAGUCAUUGUUCUGUGUGAUAUGGAUGUAUAUACUUGUAUUGGUACCAGAACCGUUAAGUGUGCUGUGGGAUCAUAUUUAUUCAAACCCAGUAAUAAACUGUAGGGCAUGCUUAACAAGGAAGGGCGAGAUUCACAAAGUCUAGGUGGGCUGUGCAGUGAAUGGGACUCAGAAAACAGCAUGUUUUAAGAUGCUCCUUGUACCAGGUAGCACAAAUGCUAAGCUCACGCCUCUCUGAGACUAGGCACUUCACAUGAGGGAGGUGCCAAACUGUUUUUUGCAAGAAGUGGGGCAGGAGCAGGGUUGUUGAAGCUUCCAUUUACUCAUCAUGCUUACUCCUCCUUGCUGGACCAAUGUGGAGGCUGUUACAAGUAUAUGAGAGAGGAGACUUGAACCAUGGGUCAUUGGGCUAAAUAUUAGAAGGAAACUCUGUGCCCUCUGGUCAUUUUGUGUAAGCUCAUCUAUAGGGGCCUGAUCCAGCAGGCAAGGUUUGAGCAUGCUUACCUGAUGGUCCUUUAACUCAUCUGUGGGGCCCUAUUUACCUUUUUCCUGGUUUAUGCACUGUUCUGGGGCUUAGGCUUUAGUUACAUGCCUACAUCCUUUUGUGAACCUAGCCCAAAAGGUCUACUAGUCUUUUUGCUUAUCAGAGUACCUUUUAGAACAGCUAGGACCCUGGUCCUCAACCUGUUUUCUUGUACACAUUGUGAAUACUUGGGGUGGAAUUGCUUUCUAUUAGAAAUGCCUCUGUGAAUCAUUGGAUUGUUUUAUAGUGCCUUUCAGUGGGGCAGGGGGGGAGCAUUUAAAAUGCUACAGUAAGAUUUGAAUCAAGACAAAUCCUCCUGGUGUUCGUAAAGUCUAGUAUCAACUUGAAUUCUAACUAAUAAAGUGAUUUUUUUAAGU